UUUCCGAAGACAGAGAAAGAGAAGUUGAACCUCUCUCUCCUCUUUCUCUCACUCUCUAUAUGUUUAUGUCUCCCACAUUGUCUUGUUCUAUUUCAGAAUCUCAUCUCACUUCCACGCAUCAAAGUGUUCUCUCUCUCUCUCUCAGCCUCGCGCUUUCUUUCAUCAUAUUUACUGAAGUGUUCGCUUCUUUGCUUCCUAGUUCCUGCAUUUUAUAGCGUGGCUGCCAUACUUAGCACCGGCAAGAGCAAAGAAGGAAAACCCAUUUGUCAUUUGGUAUUUACCGAUUUGGGUUGUGAGCUGAGCCAUUUCUGAACUGAUUUCUCAAGGUGGUGAGAGCUCUAAGAAUUUGCGAACUAGAGCGGCAAAUGUGGGUAUUCUUGUCUCAGAGCUCGAAAGGGAGAGAAGCAGGAGACUGGAGAAAGGGAUUUUGUUUUUUGAAUUUCUAAAAAUUUUGGGUAACUCCCAGUGAUACCUAGAAACCCAGGAAUAGCAGAACCAUACUUUGCAUUGGAGCUGAAGAGCUGUAUGAAGUAGAAAUUUAACAAUGAGAGAUGGGAAUUCAAAGAAAAGCAAGCUCUCAUGGUCCAAGAAAAUGGUCAGGAAGUUCUUCAAUAUCAAAAGCAAACCUGAAGAAUUUCAACCCGAUGGUCGUGUUUAUGGAGGAAGUGACGUAGAUUACAGAAGCAGGAGUAGCUUCUCUGAGAGAGAGCCAUGUACAAUCAAGAAAAGCAAAACAGAGAAAUUUAGCCGGGGCACCGAACAGGUGAGGCGAAGAAUGAAUCUUGACCAUCCAAGAAUCAUAGAUGUGCAGAACUAUAGCAUGUUUGUUGCAACAUGGAAUGUGGCUGGAAGAUCCCCACCAAGUAAUAUGUGUUUAGAUGACUGGCUCCAUGCCUCACCACCUGCAGAUAUUUACGUUCUUGGAUUUCAAGAGAUUGUUCCCUUAAAUGCUGGUAAUAUUCUGGGGUCAGAGGACAAUGGCCCGGCUAAAAAAUGGAUGGCUCUAAUUCGAAAAACUUUAAACAACCUUCCGGGUACUAGUGGAGGUAGUGCAUGUUAUACACCAUCUCCCAUUCCUAAGCCUGUUGUAGAGUUGAAUGCAGACUUUGAGGGAUCAGCUAGGCAGAAAAAUUCAUCUUUCUUCCAUCGCCGGUCUUUCCAAACAACUUCUAGUGGCUGGGGUAUGGACAAUGAUCCUAUGAUUGGGCAGCCACGACUAGAUCGAAGAUACAGUGUCUGUGAUCGGGUGAUUUUUGGUCACAGGCCUAGUGACUUUGAUCCCAGUUUUAGAUGGGGUUACAGACCUAGUGACUAUUCCCGGGCAAGUGACUAUUCCAGACCAAGUGACUAUUCGAGAUGGGGUUCAUCUGAUGAUGAUAAUGGUCUUGGGGAUUCACCAAGUACAGUUCUGUUUUCACCAGUGUCUUAUGGUGGACCUACCCCCAGUGAAGAUGGGUAUGGAAUGCCAGGGGGUUCAAGGUACUGUCUUGUCGCAAGCAAGCAAAUGGUAGGAAUAUUUCUUACCAUAUGGGUGAGAAGUGAACUGAAAGAUCAUGUUAAAAACAUGAAAGUAUCAUGUGUUGGCAGAGGAUUGAUGGGGUAUUUUGGAAAUAAGGGAUCCAUCUCAAUUAGUAUGUCUCUGCACGAAACUAGCUUUUGCUUUAUUUGUACUCAUUUAACCUCAGGACAGAAAGAGGGUGAUGAACUGAGAAGAAAUUCUGAUGUGAUGGAGAUUCUUAAAAAAACAAGGUUUCCCCGUGUUAAUGGCGACACUGAGAAGUCUCCAGAGACAAUCCUUCAGCAUGAUCGAAUUAUAUGGCUUGGAGAUCUAAAUUACCGGAUUGCCCUCCCUGAGCGAUCUGCUAAGGCACUUGUUGAGAUGCAAAACUGGAGAGCAUUGUUGGAGAGUGACCAGUUGAGAAUAGAGCAGAGAAGAGGUCGAGUAUUUGUGGGAUGGAAUGAAGGGAAGAUAUAUUUCCCUCCAACAUAUAAGUAUUCAACUAAUUCAGACAGAUAUGCAGGCGAUGAUAUGCACCCUAAGGAGAAAAGGCGAACACCUGCUUGGUGUGAUCGCAUCUUGUGGUAUGGAGAAGGUCUCCAUCAGUCGUCUUAUGUUCGUGGGGAGUCCAAGUUUUCUGAUCAUAGACCUGUUUACGGCAUCUUUUGGGCUGAAGUUGAGUCAAGUCAUGGAAAAUUGAAGAAAAGUAUGAGUUGUUCUCGUUCUCGGAUUGAGGCUGAAGAACUUCUGCCAUAUUCCCACGGAUAUACUGAAUUAAACUUCUUCUAAAGGAAAGGAGGGCCUUGACAUGAGAUAGGUUCAUUUGUAUACAAAACUUGGUCCCCCAUCGUGGAGGACUUCAUGCAUAGAAGGGAGGGGAGUGAUAGGGACAACCCAUUUCCCUCAAACCGAAAAAGGCUCUAAUCUCUAGUUUUGCUCUCUACAGUGUCAUGCCUUGCCUUGCCUAACCCACGCAGUACCUUCUUUUAUCAUCAUCUUGUUAGCUACUACUCACUCACACACCAGCUUCAGUACAGUGCAUAAUCAUUAGGAAGUGGAAGACUAUUUUUUUUAUUCAAGAUUCUUUGAUUGUUUUUGGAGAGACUUAUGAUGAUGAAGGAUAAAAUCAAAGAUGGUUGAGAGAAUAAUCAUCUGGGUACUACUAACUUUUUUGUUUUUGAUUUGUUUUUGUUUUUGUUUUUUUUUGGGGUUUCAAAUGCAAAGAGAGAAAGAAAAGAAAGAGUUUUGAUGUAUACUGACUGUUAAAGUGAUGCAAAAAAGGAUUGUACAAAGAGGAGGAAGAUGAGAAGAAGAAAACAAAUAAAAUAAA